AUGCCAAACGUGAUGCCUGCCUUUUCUACCUUCGUGGACCGAUACUGCGAGAAGAGGGUGGAUCAUAUAUGAUUAAGUCGUUCGUGUCGUGGUGGGUCAUUCUCACAGUCAUACAUUAAAAUUGAUUGGCGGCAGUAGCAAUACAGUAAGAAUCAUAAGUUUCGGCGUUAUACCUUUUUGAUUCCGCCAAAACGAACCUUAGGUGCGGCGCAUCGCUGGCGGUAGGGAGAUCGAGGAGUACACUGGUGUAAAGCGGCCGCAAGAAUUGCACUGCUUGCUUACUGGCAGUUGCAUGAUUCGCCGGCGAAAAGAUGAAGUCUUGAAGGAGUUGCCGCCAAAACUGCGGAGUAAACUCUCUCUAGACCCUACGAAGUGCGACAAGGCCAAAUUGCAACACGUCCGUCGGCAAAUUCGUGUCCUCUUCUUACGGUUACCAAAGAUGCCUCCUGAGCACCACUCGCCUUGGAUCUUUUUCUAUUUGAAAAAGAGAGACCAAGGAUCCAGUCACGAGGAUGGCAAGAGGGCACUUCUAAUCUACAAGCAAAUGCAGCAGAACAACCAGCAGAAUAAAAGCAGCGCGUUUCUCGAAGACGUUCUUGGCGAUGCCUUUGCGGACGUGGCGGCAGCAGAAGCAGGUGGGCAAAAGAACAACCUGAAAAAAAAGCCUGGUGCUGCUAGUUCCUCUAGUAGUAAGAAUUUAAACGGCCUUUUCCUCCCGAACAAGAAGGGCGGUGGAAAUGUAGAAGCGUCAGAGCCAGCUUUCGAAACAGGAGAGAACUGUACCUCUCAGCAGAGCAUCAUGCAGAUAUUCCAGUUGACAGCCGAAUGCAAGACGGGUCCAGUCUGCGAGUACGUGGAGUACCUGCUCACCGAACAGCCUCAUAAGUUUAUCGUUUUUGCGCAUCACGCAUUGAUGAUGAAUGCAGUCGAAGAGCUUUUGAAACGUCACGAAGAAACAGCCUCCUACAUGCGCAUUGACGGCGGGACGAAGCAAUUAGACCGUCCUGAGUUUGUGAGGCGUUUUCAAGUUAUGAAAAUUACUGAGUUAUACUGUUCCUACUUUAGAUUUACGUUCCUUUUUAUUUUUUUGGUCUGCACUUUCGAUUCAUUAGCGCACAUUGAAAUCUUUCAAUCGGAAUCGCAAUGAAUGAGUUUGAGAUAAAUUCUACUACUUUGAGUUGUAAAAGCACACGAUGACGACCGGAUGUUUAUUCGCACCUGUUUCAAUUCAUAUGCAAGGAUCCAAGUUGUCGUGUGGCGCUGUUGUCUAUUACCGCAUGCGGCCAAGGCUUAACGCUUACCGCGGCGAGCAUGGUGGUCUUUUCUGAGCUGUAUUGGGUUCCGGGACAGCUGCAACAGGCUGAAGACCGCGCUCACCGAAUAGGACAGACAGCGGAGAUGGUCAAUGUCUACUACCUAACCUGCCCAGGCACCCUGGAUGAGCAUAUGUACAAGAAAGUCGAGAAAAAAGCUGGCGAUUGUUCAUCCAUUAUG